AUGAUCGCAUCUGACAUCCUCGACAGACCAAUACCGGGCACGGCAUACCAACGCGCGUCAUGGCCUUACGAGCUCAUCAGGUGGCUAUUCACCAUCAUCCUGAGAGUCUUCUAUAGCGAGGUCGUCGUGGAGAACGAAGAGCUGCUGCCUGCCAACGGCGUGCCUACAAUUCUCGUGGCAAACCAUUCCAACUCGCUCGUCGACCCGGCACUGCUCAUCUCUCACGUCAAGAAGCGCACCCUCUUGAGACUCACCGCCAAAGACACCCACUUCCGUCAACGGACAUUGUCCAGCUGGCUCAUCGAAAAAGCAGGCGCGCUGCCCAUCCAGCGACAGAAAGAUCACCUCGGUAGCGAGAUCGCGACGGGCAAUGCAAAGACGUUCCAGCGUCUCGUCGAGUCGCUCACCCAGGGAGACUGUCUCGCUCUCUUUCCAGAGGGCAUAUCGCGACAUCACCCCAAGCUGGCACCUUUCAAGACAGGCGUCGCCCGGAUUGCCUCGGCCGCACUCACCGCUAAUGCAGACGACCCUCACUUUCGACUGUACAUCGCGCCAUGCGCCAUCACGUAUCUGCAUCGCUUUCGCUUCCGCUCCAACGUCUGCGUCAGCUUCGGCGCUCCCGUCAUAUUGUCAGUUGCAACGCAUCCAGAAUUGAUCGACACGCCAGAGAAACCACUGCAGUUCGAGGCCGUUCGCCGGCUGACGCAAGAGAUAGAAGGCGAGCUACGGAGCGGGACCCUCGACGCACCUUCAUGGCAGAUCCUGCGGGCUUCACACACUGCCAGGAGACUUUAUGCUCCUCUGGACGCAACCGCAAUAUCGAUAGGCGACUAUAUACGCCUCACCCAGAUCUGGUGCGACUAUCUCAGCAAUGCGACACGUCCGACACCACUCAGUCGGAAAUUGAAGCACCAGAAGCGACCCUCCCUUUCGCGCUCAAACACGGCCAACACUGGCAUGACAGAGGAAGACAUAGAAUUGACGGAGGAGGAAGCACAAGAUGGCAUAGAGGUAGCAGACGUACAGAGACUCGUCGCUCGCCUGGAGCGGUACCAAGACCAGCUGGGAAGACUUGGCUUGAAAGAUCAUAGAAUCAGCUCGCACGCAUUCUUGCCACUAUGGCGAUUGCUGCUCCGGCUCAGCAUACGCGCGACCAUCACAGGUGCACUCGGCCUGCUCUGCCUGACUGUUUUGCCGCUGUGGGCACCCAUCUUCUACUUCACAAAGCGAGCAGAGAUCGUAUACCGCAACAAGACGCUGUGGGAUAGUCUCGAUGAGCUAGGACAGGCGAAAGCGCUGAGCGGCCUGGCGUCUGGCGCGGCGACUUGGGCGCUCGUCUGCUUGCUCACAUGGCCUUUGCUACCAUUCACCUUUUGGCUCGUACCGCUCUUCAUGUGGUGGUCACUGGGUUGGGUCGAAGCUUUCGUCGCUUCAGCUCGCUCGACGCUUUCCAUUGCAAAGCUCAUCGAGCUCAGACUCACAAAACCUCACGUCCUCUUGCGACUUCAUGCGGAACGAAGCCGAUUGGCGGAAGAUGUGAUGCAGAUCGCAGUCACAAAGCUAGGCUUGCCGCCAAGUCAUGACGAGCUCUUUCCAGACGCGGCACUCACAAACGGACACGCUGCCAGCCAAGGUGGCAAAGUUCGUGGCCGACGGCGACGCGCAUUAGCAAAACGUUUGCGCUGGAUUCAUCGCCGCAAAGAUUGGAACGAGACUCUUCGUCUGUGGGAUGUAGUCGAUUACGAGCAGGACGAGCUGGAGCGAUUACCCACGGACUAG